AUGGCGGGCGUCAGGCGAGCCGAUAAGUUGAGGAUAUCAUUAGUCUGCGGAUUCGCCGACUGGUUUGGUCACUUGAUAGGCUUUGCAAUAUAUCAGGAGAUAUCAGAUGAAGAAGAUUUACCAAAUGAAGAUUGUAGUGAUGUGGAAGAUAAUGUAAGUGAGGAUUACGCUCAGGUUGAAGACUGUGAAUCUGAAUCGGAAUUGGAAGGAGAUGAAGAGGACAACAAUACAGUUCAUUCUGAACCAACAGUUGCUUCAAGGUCACGUUCGCGUUCCAGGACGCCUCAAGUUGAUAGUGACUCUUCAGAUGAUAUUCCGCUUGCGCAAUUACAAUCCAGAAGUAGGCCAAGAAAGAAAAAUUAUUUUGGGAAAAAUCGGUUUCGCUGGGCUUCUGUGCCUAGUAUCGCUCGCUCAAGGACACCACAGCAUAAUAUUGUAAAUCAAACGCCAGGUCUAAAACCAGUUUUCCGUGCAAUGCUCAAUAAUUCUACCAUGCCAUUGGAUAUAUGGAGUCUUUUGUUUACCGAUGAGAUGCUGGAAAAAAUAGUGCUUCAUACUAAUGAGAAAAUAAGAAGAAUUAGGCCGAAAUACAAAAAACAGACGUGUGUUCAAGACUUGGACCUUAUAGAACUAAAAGCUUUCAUUGGGCUUUUGUUUUACACAGCGAUUUUUAAGGAAAAUCAUGAGCAUUACACGUCAUGGUAUAGUAGUGAUGGCACUGGGAGAGAGAUUUUCCGAUGUAUUUUGAGUAAGAAUCGAUUGGAAGUUCUGCUAAAUACUAUUCGAUUUGACGAUGCAGAAACAAGAGAACAACGUCGUGAACAGGAUUUGGCUGCUCCUGUUUCAGAGCUCUUUCAGUCUUUAAUACAGAACUUUCAAGACGUUUACUCAAUUGGAACAUGCGCUUGUAUAGAUGAGAUGCUAGUGGCUUUCCGUGGGUGCUGUAAAUUCAAAAUGUUUAUGCCAAAAAAGCCAGCUAAAUAUGGCCUAAAAAUUAUGUGCAUUACAGAUGCAAGAAAUGGCUACCUUAUUAAUGCCUAUAUAUAUCUCGGCAAAGAUUCUGAUGGGCUUACUUUGACCCAAGAACAAAAGCGUCUAUCAAAACCAACUCAAGCGGUUUUACGUCUGAUUCCGCCAAUCGAAAACUCAAAUAGAAACGUCACUGCUGACAACUGGUUUUCUUCGAUCGAGCUGGUCAAUGUUUUGAAAGAGAAGCACCUUAGUUUCGUGGGUACUUUGAAAAAAAAUAAGCGAGAAAUACCGCCAGAAUUUAAACCAUCUCGAGCGCGGGCAACAGGCUCUUCAAUUUUCGGUUUCACCAAAGAUAUCACGUUGUCUUCUUACGUACCAAAGAAAAACAAGGCAGUAGUUAUGGUGUCAAGCAUGCAUCACACUGCAAGUGUUGAUGAAAGUACAAAGAAGCCUGAAAAUAUAUUAUACUACAAUCAAACUAAAAUUGGAGUAGAUCUACUGGACCAAAGAUGUUCAAAUUACUCCACUGCUCGUCGGACGCGCAGGUGGCCUUUGGCUAUAUUUUAUAGAAUGCUGGACAUCUCUGUUUCAAACGCUUACGUCAUCAAUUGUAGCAACCAAGCACAGAAGACUGAAAGUCGAUUUAAAUUCAUAAAGAAGUUGGCCGAACAGCUUACGAAACCACACAUGGAACGUCGCGUAAAAAAUGAUCACAUUACACGAGAUGUCAAAAAUUCUAUCCGUCGUGUUCUGCAGAUAUCAGAAGACCUACCAACCUCUUUCACGACGGAAAAACUUGAAGUUCGCAAAACAUGCAUCACCUGUGAUCCGAAAAAAAAAGCGCAAGACUGCUUUCUUAUGUUUCAUGUGUAA